CUGGAAGCUGAGGUGGGUCGUCUUCGCCGUGAAAACGAGAAAAUAAUGAAUGAAAUGGCUGAUUAUGAGAAUGCUAUACAACGAGCAAUCCUCAAGGGCGUUACCUCACUGAAUGACGAGGCCCUGAAGGUCUUGAAGAAUCCAAGAAUGGAAUGUUGGACGCCUUGUUUACCGUGUAACUCUACUGAUGAGGGGAAUACAACGACCCGGACAUCGACGUCGAAGCUCAUGAAAGACUGUUGGACGAACCAACGUGACAAAUCUCGCUCGAUCCUCCCCUCGAAAUUCGAGGUUUUCUGCCGUCAGAAACCCGAAGAGAGGCGUGAAUCUUCUCGAUGCAGAAAGACACCAGCGCUGAGUGUCUGUUACACAUCGCCAAAUGAUAAAAAAUCAUCUCAGACGAACAUGGUGUGGACGGACAGUAACACUCUCCCUUACCCCAGGAUAUCCGCUCGUCCAGGUAGCGUUGGAUCCAAAACGGUUUGCCUCGAUGGGAAAUAUAGGAAGGCAUCGAGCUCGAAAGACAGAAAUAUGUGUCCUGCUAAGAGCAAUUGUGCAGAAUCCCCUCGUGAAAAUUCACGUGCACUCCACUGCAUCGACAUCUUCACACCAGCCACGAGACAAAAUACCCAAGAGCCCAAGCGCUGUGAACCCUGCCACAGAAUUCGACGGAUUUUCGAUCGCUGAAUACCCUGAAAAGAGGAUCAUCCCUGAAGACUCCCAGCAUAGUGGAGGUCACGGUCUUGCUGUUGAUCUUCUGCACUCCACGCAUAACCAUGCACAUGUGACUGGGAAAAUAAAAAGCGAAUUCAAUAAAUUACGCAAGAGAUUCAUAAAAUACGGGAAUAAAUUUGUGGAAAGAAAAACUACUGAUAUGCAGGAGUACUUAAAAUCGAUAACAGCAAUCUCAAAAUUGAUUUGAAAAUUAGUGAGAGGCUGAUUUACCGAGUGUGACAGUUUAGUCUGCCACGAAGGACAGUACGGGUUCAGUUACGUGAGUAAGAUUAUAAUAAUCCCGAGAUUGUAGAUUAGUUGCACGCAAUGAUGUAAAAAUUGUGACAAAAAAAAACAAUGAUAAAAUCAUUUGAUGAAUGAUGUGAGCUACAACUUUAUUAGCACAAGGUCGAAGUGAAUAUGUAAUUGAUGGAUAAUUAAAUUCUUAUUAUGGAAGGCAAAUAGUCUUAUCAGUACGGAUGAAAUUAUUAAAACUUGUCUUACACUCCUUCGACGACAACAGCUACUCCAGCGGGUUGAACCGCUUUUGUCACGGCUAUUGCUAUUUGCUUCGUUAGGCGCUCUUGGACUUGAAGACGUCUGCUGAAGAUUUCUACGA